AUGAUCGUCCGCAAGGACUACAACUCCCACAGCGCACCGCGCAAAGCGCAGGCGCGGCGGCGAACGUGCGGGCAGGGGCCGCGCGCUGAUUGGCUGCGGUGGUGUUUUCUGAACGCGGUGCGCGCGCAGAGCGUCGCCUUGGCUUCCGGGAAUCGGGGAUGGCGCCGGGACCUUCAGUUCGCUGAGCUGGUGGUCCCUGAGCAGCCUCCCAGCAGGGAGAAGCCCUUCAGGUGCUUGGAAUGUGGGAAGAGUUUCAGGAAGAGCUCCGACCUCCUCACCCACCUGCACAUCCACACUGGGGCACGGCCCUACACGUGUGGGGAAUGUGGGAAGAGCUUCAACUGCAGCUCCAUCCUGAUCCAACAUCAGCGCAUCCACACUGGGGAACGACCCUACACGUGUGGGGAAUGUGGGAAGAGCUUCAACUGCAGCUCCCACCUUAUCCAACAUCAGCACAUCCACACUGGGGAACGGCCCUACACGUGUGGGGAAUGUGGGAAGAGAUUCAGGCAGAGGUCCACCCUCGUCAAGCACCAGCACAUCCACACUGGGCAGAAGCCCUACAAGUGUGGGGAAUGUGGGAAGAGCUUCAGCUGCAACUCCAUCCUGAUCCAACAUCAGCGCAUCCACACUGGGGAACGGCCCUACACGUGUGGGGAGUGCGGGAAGAGAUUCAGGCAGAGGUCCACCCUCGUCAAGCACCAGCACAUCCACACUGGGCAGAAGCCCUACAAGUGUGAGGAAUGUGGGAAGAGCUUUAGGCAGAGGUCUGGAAUGAUCCUACACCAGCGCAUCCACAGUAGGCAGAAGCCCUACAAGUGUGGGGAAUGUGGGCAGAGCUUUAGCCAGUGCUUUGAACUGAUCCUACACCAGCGCAUCCACACUGGGGAACGGCCGUAUGUGUGUGGGGAAUGUGGGAAGAGGUUUCAGACCCUCUCACAUCUCCUCAGUCAUGAGCAGACACACACGGAUGAGAGGCCCUUCCUCUGCACCGACUGUGGGAAGAGCUUCAGCCAGAACUCCUACCUCAUCACCCACCGGCGCAUUCACACCGGGGAGAGGCCCUACAAGUGUGGGGAGUGUGGGAAGAGCUUCACUGAGAGCUCUAAGUUGACCAGACACCAACGGACCCACCGCAGGGAGAAGCCCUUCAGGUGCUUGGAAUGUGGGAAGAACUUCAGGCAGAGCUCCAACCUUCUCCAACACCAGCACAUCCACAGUGGGGAACGGCCCUACCCAUGUAGGGAAUGUGAGAAGAGCUUCAGCCGGAGCUCCCACCUGAUCCGACACCAGCUUAUCCACACUGGAGAAAGGCCCUACACCUGUAGGGAAUGUGGGAAGAGCUUCAGCCGGAGCUCCCACCUGAUCCGACACCAGCGCAUCCACACUGGGGAACUGCCCUACACGUGUGGAGAAUGUGGGAAGAGCUUCAGCCAGAGCUCCAACCUCCUCACCCACCAGCGCACCCACACUGGGCAAUGGCCCUACACGUGUGGGGAAUGUGGGAAGAGCUUCAGGCAGAAGUCCCACUUCCUCAUCCACCAGCGCAUUCACACUGGGGAAUGUCCCUACACAUGUGGGGAAUGUGGGAAGAGAUUCAGGCAGAGCUCCCAGCUGAGCCAACACCAGAUGAUCCACACUGGGGAACGGCCGUACAAGUGCUUGGAGUGUGGGAAGAGGUUUCGGACCAGUUCAGAGCUCCUCGUGCACCAGCGGAUGCACACGGAUGAGAGGCCCUUCCGCUGCACCGACUGCGGGAAGGGCUUCAACCGUAACGGGAACCUCAUCACCCACCGGCGCAUCCACACUGGGGAAAGGCCCUACAAGUGUGGGGAGUGUGGGAAGACCUUUGCCCACAGCUCUGGCUUGACCUACCACCUAGGGACCCACCGGUAAGGGAAGCCCUGGGAGUGCCCUGACUGCGGGAAGAGUUUCGACCGCUGCUUCCACCCCGAAUGAACCCCCUGAUGGGGAGGCAACCCCUGGAGUCCAGUGACUGUCAGUCCAUCCCUUUUGACCACAAAGGGCCAGUCCCC